GGUCGUUUCUCAGUCGUCAAGCGUUGUGACCAGCGGGGCACCAAGCGUACCGUAGCGGUCAAACAGGUGAACAAGAAGCUGAUGAGGAGGGACCGGGUGACUCAGGAACUCAAUCUGCUCCAGAGACUCCAGCACCCCCACAUAGUCAGCCUGAUAGACACGUAUGAAACCCCCUGCAGCUACGCCCUCAUCCUGGAGAUGGUUGACCAAGGCCGUCUCCUGGACUACAUUGUUAGCUGGGGGAAUCUGACGGAGGAGAAAGUGGCCUGCUACCUAAGGGAUGUUUUAGAAGCUUUACACUAUCUGCAUAACUGCAGGAUUGUGCAUUUGGACGUAAAACCUGAGAACCUGCUGGUGGCCCACAGCUCCAGCGGCCAGCCAACGGUCAAACUCACCGACUUUGGAGAUGCGGUCCAGCUCAACAGUGCCCACUACGUCCACCCUCUGCUGGGCAGCCCUGAGUUUGCCUCCCCGGAGUUAGUCCUUGGAGAGCCCGUGUCGCUGACCUCUGACCUCUGGAGCCUGGGCGUGGUGACCUAUGUGCUGCUGAGCGGCGCCUCCCCCUUCCUCGACGAGAGCGCCGAGGAGACCUGCCUCAACAUCUGCCGGCUGGACUUCAGCUUCCCCAGGGACUACUUCCAUGGCGUCAGCCAGGCGGCCCGGGACUUCAUCUGCCUGCUCCUGAGGACCGACCCCAGCAGGAGGCCUCCGGCUGGGCUCUGCCUCCAGGAGCCGUGGCUGCAGGCGGGGCUGGCUGACAGAGCGGAGGGCUGCCUGGACACCUCCCGCCUCAUCUCCUUCAUAGACAGGAGGAAACAUCAGACUGAUGCCCGCGCCAUCGGAGGAGUCAGGAGCUUCAUCCAAAGUCGGCUUCAGCCCCGAGUUUGAAGAGUCGGAACGAAGCCUCCAUCCACGCCGUUCUGUAGGCUGCAGGUUCCUCGAGGAUGGUCUGGAUGGAACAGGAAGGAGAAAUAAUGAAUGCUGAUCUUAUCCUCUUUCACAGAAUGUUGAUUUACUAAAGUCCUGUAGUCCUUUCACCAAUUACACUGAGACCUGUUGAGGUCUGAGCCAAUCAGAGCCCAGAGAACAGAGUUCUCACCAAUCAUGUCAAUUAAUGGAUGCCCUUGCCUACUGCUGCUUGCUGGUUUCAACUCAAAACAGAUUUUGUAGUUAAGUGAACAAAAAUCUAAAAAAAAAAAUAAUAAAAACAUUAUGAAGUAAUUUAUUUUCCUUUGCAAGAGUUAAAGCUGAUCAGAAGAGCCGAAUGAUCGAGCCUUGACACCACUGCACAGACGCAGAGCUUUCAGUAGAAAGUGAUGCCAACGAAUCAAGCAACGGCGCCAGGAGCAAACUGCCCAGACAUCGUGUGUUUUUGCUCGUUUACACUAAAACUGUCACUCAAAGACUUUUGAGAAGCAGCCCUUUCUUAUAGAAACAAUGUACACAAAGGAAAAAUACCGUCUCUAUGUUUCCAAGAAAAAAAUAAGAAUUGUAGAAACUGCUCAUCAGUGAAAAGCUGCUGUGCUGCUCUGGACUCUGUGGAGACAGUGACUGAGCAUCUUGACUUUAUUGAGACAUUUAUACGUCCGAUCAGAGCUUUUUGAUGGCUGCGCUUCUAUAAUGUACCUAAUCUAAGAUACCAUGAUGACCAUGUCGCGAAUAACAAUGCUGCACUGUCCAAUCUGAGAAGAAACGAUAGACAUCCAUCCUUUGCUUUUCCUAGAACAAAACUUGUGUUGCGCAGAUCUGAGAUGUUUAAGCCUUACCUUGUAUAUAGACUUCUGCCUUCUCCCCCCUCACAUUCACUGAGGACUCCUGCUUCUGGACAGCAGGACAAGACAGCGCUGACUGCCAGUCAGAUGGGAGUGAAUGUGGAGGCAGAGGAAGACUAAUUACUGUAAAUGCACUCAUUGUAUGUUAUGUUUGAUUAUCAUGUGCAAUGUUGCGGCUUUAACAUUUUAUGCAACUAUUUAUGAAGACAUCUGUUGUAUCUGUAAUAAAUCUAGAGAAAAGCAUGUACUUGGUACUGCAAGCACUGCUGGUAGUUUGUGUUUAUUUGAUCUCUGAGUGUAAGGACUUCUGGGCCAGGCCACGGUAGAGGUCACAACCUACAAUCAUUUCUGUUUGAUCAAAAAUUAUUUAACACUUUUUGUACUGUAUGCCUCCGUAGUAUUGGUACACCAAAGUCGCUUUAGCUUUAUAGUACUUAAUAAAAAAUAUUUUAUUGUGACUAUGUUUCACUCGAGUUAGGUAAGAUUAUGACCACGUGGAAUGACUGUUUACACGAGUUAAACACUACCUUGGAGGAUACACAAUUAGUUUUAGUCUUGCGCCUUUUCUUAAAGAGACAGGAUUAAAAAGUAUGUAUUCUUCAUAGAGUAUUGCCAUUUCAUUUCAUUUCAGUGGGAGAUUUUUGUACAUCAUUUACUAAAUGGUGAUCUAACUUUAUGUACAGAUACUUGUUGCCAAAAUAUUUCUUCCAUGAAUUCCGGUUCCGUGUUUAAAAAAAAAAGAGGAUUGGUUUGGAUUUGAGUUGAGUUCUUUCCUGGAAAUUAAAAAGAUAGUGUUGGUAUAACCACUUAACUCUACAUUAAUCCAACGUGGAUUUAGGACGUGUCACGUUAAAAGUGAUUCUAUGAGGAGCAGAGAUCACAGUCCUCUGUUACUUUUAUUUAUUUGAAAGGUGUGCACAGGCCGCUCAACAAGGAAACGUGGACUGGAUACCUCACUUUAGGUUUUUUUUGUGUUUUUCAUUGUCUUUUUUGUCAUGUUUGUUUCAUUUGUUUCAUAAAUUACAUGUUUGCUAUUUGUUUUUAUGGUUUUUAUUUUUGCAUGUAUAUUUCUUUGUACAGAUCAUACAUACUGUCCUUUGUAAAUAUUCUCAUUUUGCCAUCAGUUAUUUGGAAAUUAAACAUAAUGAACACAUGUA